UCCACCAUUCCGAGACAAUCGGCAAACGGUCACACCGAGGGCAGUCUUUCCCUUCGUAUAUCGUGUCGUCGUCUCUUUUGUGAACAAAAAAUACGAGGAAAAUCGCCCAAAUCGAGUUGAUUCGACUGGGCAUUAGCAAUUGUGUGGAAAUAAACGAGUGAAUACGCGGCUGGCAAUCGAACGCAACGAUAGUUGCUCAUUUUCCUGCACCCCUGAGUUACAAUAAAAGCCGUCAAAAUUGAAUCGACAAAGAUUGACGAGACUUUUUCUUCCACCACAACUGCGAUGGAGGAUAAAGCAACAACAAAAGAUCUUGAUCAAUGGAUUGAGCAGUUGAACGAAUGCAAUCAGUUGACAGAGACACAAGUUCGCACCCUCUGCGACAAGGCCAAGGAGAUUCUCUCCAAGGAGUCCAAUGUGCAGGAGGUAAAAUGCCCGGUGACAGUGUGCGGAGAUGUCCACGGCCAGUUCCACGACCUGAUGGAGCUGUUCCGGAUAGGCGGCAAGUCCCCGGACACCAACUACCUGUUCAUGGGCGACUACGUGGACCGUGGAUACUACUCCGUGGAGACCGUGACCCUUCUGGUGGCCCUGAAGGUUCGCUAUCGCGAGCGCAUCACCAUCCUGCGCGGUAACCACGAGUCGCGUCAGAUCACACAGGUGUACGGCUUCUACGACGAGUGCCUGCGCAAGUACGGCAAUGCCAACGUUUGGAAGUACUUCACGGAUCUGUUCGAUUACUUGCCACUGACCGCACUCGUCGACGGGCAGAUCUUCUGCCUGCACGGCGGCCUCAGUCCCUCGAUCGACAGUCUGGACCACAUUCGGGCCCUCGACCGCUUGCAGGAGGUUCCGCACGAAGGUCCCAUGUGCGAUCUGCUCUGGUCCGAUCCCGAUGACAGGGGUGGCUGGGGAAUCUCGCCUCGUGGCGCCGGUUACACCUUUGGCCAGGACAUUUCGGAAACCUUUAACAACACAAACGGCCUGACACUGGUGUCGCGCGCCCAUCAGCUGGUGAUGGAGGGCUACAACUGGUGUCACGAUCGCAACGUGGUCACAAUAUUCUCAGCGCCAAACUAUUGCUACCGCUGUGGCAACCAAGCGGCUCUUAUGGAACUGGAUGAUUCACUUAAAUUUUCAUUCCUACAAUUUGAUCCAGCACCAAGGCGCGGGGAGCCUCAUGUUACGCGAAGAACACCCGAUUAUUUCCUUUAAGCUGGAUUGCUCGCACCUACGCAGCUUACAUUUACACAUAUUACAUCGCAUUAUAACAACAAGAAGAACCGAAACAAUAUAUAAUAUAUACAAAUCCAACCAGCAGCAACAAAAUAAACAAAAUGGCAAGUGCUGUCGAAAAAAAAACUACCAUAAAAAACAACCCAAAACUAAAACCUCGAUGCAUUUGUUUUGUGGAGAUCGUUUUAAACAGAGAGCAGUGGAAGAUAUUGUAUAAACAAAGAAAAAAAAUAACCAUAACAGUCGAGAACACAAAAAUGCAUUGAACAGUUAUUGUUGUUGGCCACAGAUUAAAAGAAAAAAAAAAAUAAUCGGAAACGUCGCCAGCGGGGGCGGCAGGCAGAAAAUUUAUAUUAAAGAUAAUGGGGAGGAGUAGAAGCAGUAUACAGAAAUGAUGAUACAAUCCAAUCGAACCUACCAACCAACCAAGAAACCAACCAACAACCGCAAGCAACAAGAAGAACUACAACUACUUAGCUAAAUUUGUUAAUUUAUAAAAAUAACGAACUAAGCGUCGCAGCAGAAAGCCAGGGAGCAGGAGUGAUGGAUGGAUGGACUCAUGGAUUAUGACGUGAUGUGUGUAUGGGCGGAAGGGGCUGACAAAGGACUAAACGGGACGAAAGGACGAACGCCAGGACGUAGCAGCAUAAGCAGCAGCAGCAGCAGCAGCAUGAGCAGCAGCAAAAGCAGCAGAAGCAGACGACCCACGACCGACAAAGCAGGAAGAUAACGAUGAAGAAGCAGCAAAAAAGUAGCAGCAGUAUGUGGCAGGAGCAGCAGCAAACGCCAUGGCGAUCGGGGAAGCGCGGGGCGGGCCAGCGAUUUAUAUAAAAACAAAAAUUAUAAAAAAGAAAGUGGAAAUACAAAAAAUUUAAUAUUACUGAUUAAAAUUAAA